CUCAAGUUUCUGCUUGUGGGAGACCUCGGAGACCGAUGUCUUAUGUCAUUCCGUAUGUCCUUUAAUUAACUCUGGCUUAUCAAAGCCCUUAUCUCACCACCUGACGUGAAUCCAGAGAUUCUUAAACUUGGAGUACUCAGAGGAAGAAGGAAGUGUACGUUGCUGGGGAUGGACAGUACGCCUGCAGUGAGUAGAAGUGGCCUGUUACUAGACUUCUAAGAUUGAUUGUUCUCACUCUGCCCCACCCCCACCGUUUACUGAAGUGUCAUCUACCAAAGUGAAUUGGAAGAAGAAAAAAACUCUUGAAGAAAUUGUAUCAGAGAGUUUUACUAAUGUUGCACUUUCCUAUUUUUUGGCCUCAUCUUUUGUUCACUGAGUGCUCACAUUUUGCUAAUAUUUGAUUCUGGAGUCAACGUAAAUAAAAACUCACUUUCCUGGUUAUGAUAAAUUGACAAAUCCCAUUAUCAUCGGCAACUUUUUUUUUUUCUCCUUUGGCUGCACCCAUGGCACGUGUAAGUUCCCAUGCCAGGGAUUGAACCUAUGUUGGAUCCUUAAUCCAGUGCGCCACAAGGGAACUUCCAUCAGCAGCAUUCUAAAACCUGUAUAAUAUUGCCAGUUAUGUUAGGUUUUAUCUUCAAGUCAGACAGCACCUCCUGUUAAUAUUAGUUUCAAGGUGGCAUGAUAGCAUUGAAAGAGGUACUCAGAAUGUUUGAUCCCAGUCCUAGUCUACCAGGUAUUAGUUGUGAGCUGGGUAAGGAUCAGAUGACAUGAAUGUGAAGGCGCUUUGUCAGCUGCGAAGUGUUGUACGUGUGUUCAUGCAGUUAUAUUCACAUACCACUGAAUUAUCAAAAUCACAAGAUGUUAGGACUAAAAGGGACCUUAAGAGAUCAAUAAACCCAGCUUCUUUAUUUUAAACAUGAAGAAACUGAAAUGGAAUAUAAAAAACCAUUUGAAGGAUGCUUAUAAUAAACUAGUCACAUUUGAAUUCAUUAGUGAUUUUAAUCUUUGUCUCAUAACCUUGUUCAGAGAGUCAUUAAGAGUACCUAAGGUGACAAUGCAAAGAGAUUGCAUUACUAGUAAAUUCUCAAGCCUAGAAUUUGCCAACCCAAUGCCUCUGGGUCUCCGCUCCAUUUCCCAGUACUGUUCCUUAGGUCGAGAAUUGCAAAGCAUGGAUUAGGGCUACUCUGAGAUUUAUUAUAACACAGAGAUGGUCAGUUUAAGUAAAACAUCUCAAAAUUUGUAUUUUUAUGAAAGGUAAGAUGCCUAAAUUAGAAAGAGUCCAGGCUGGAUCACCCAAAAUGGGCGAUCCCUUGAGCUUUGCAUAAAAAACUUAGUAGACUCAGUUCUUGGAUUUCUUACUCUCUGCACCCAUCUGGUUUUGUUAACACAUAAUACUUUGUUGUUUUAAGAGGACUCCAUUGACGUAAUUUCCCCCUCCCAUAUUCCCUACCAAAAUUAGACAUCCAAAUGGGAAAAUUAAUCCAGAGAAUGCAAGCCCAGUCCUUCCAUACUGAGCAUCAGAGGUUUGGAGUGUAUCAUCACUCCUCCCCUUGUCCUUUGAGCCUCCCCACUGUUGCUAUAGAGACAGUGAUAUCACCGGUUGUGAUUCUGAUGUCACUCUCCAGUCCCAACAAGGGGGAGGUGCAUGGAAGGCUGGGGGAGGAAACAAGAUCUUGAGCUGAGCACAAACAUCCCAGCAUCUUCAUUGACUUGAAAAGUAUAUUCUGGAAUCUUCUGUGGUUCACGAUUCCAGUGCUACGGAGAUUCCUUAUAUUACAUGGCAGGAGGGGUGGAUAAAUUUAGGAAUAGUGACGACAGUAACACAUUACUCCAGAGCUUUCCUCAUAUCUCAGAACCUGUCCUGAGUAAGAAUGUCGGAUAGGGUUGACUGGUUACAAAGCCAAAAUGGAGUAUGCAAAGUUGAUGUCUAUUCCCCUGGAGAUAGCCAAGCCCAGGACUGGAAAAUGUCGGAUGAAUCCUUGUCUAUUUUUAAGGAAGCUUCCACCGACCCUAUCAGAGUGCUCAGCUGGCUCCGCAGAGACCUGGAAAAAAGCACAGCAGGGUUUCAGGACGUUAGGUUCAAGCCCGGAGAAUCAUCGUUUGGCGGGGAAAUGGUCAACUGGACAGACCCCCAUAAAGGUUUCUGUGUGGACUAUUACAACACCACCGCCAAGGGCAAUCCAGGGAGAUUGCAUUUUGAGAUGACUCACAGAGAGAACCCUUCCCAGGGGCCCAGUGCCCAAGUGGGUAACGGGAGCUCAGUGGACGAAGUGUCCUUCUACGCCAACCGCCUCACCAACCUCGUCAUAGCCAUGGCCCGCAAGGAGAUCAAUGAGAGGAUUGACGGCUUCGAGAAGAAGUGUGUCCACCAGUCAGUGUACCUGGGGGAGGAACCCGCACCCAACAAAAGCCUGAGCAAGGUGGCCUCAGAGCUGGUCAACGAGACCGUCUCUACAUGUUCCAAUAAUGCCACUUCGGAUAAGACUCCCGGCUCCGGGGACAGAGCCUCAGGAUCCUCACAGAACGCCCCAAAUUUGAAGUACAAAAGCACUUUGAAGAUCAAGGAGAGCACCAAGGGAAGCAGGGGCCCAGACGACAGACCCGCUUCUAAGAAGUCUUUCUUCUAUAAGGAAGUGUUCGAAUCUCGUAAUGCAGGCGACGCCACGGAGGGUGGAAGGUCCUUACCUGCGGAGAGAAAGAUGUUCAGGGGGCAGGAGAGGCCCGAUGACUUCACCACCUGUGUCAGCCAAGGCAUCAUGACCUACGCCAACAGCGUGGUGUCUGAUAUGAUGGUCUCCAUCAUGAAGACGCUGAAGAUCCAGGUGAAGGACACGACCAUUGCCACCAUCCUGCUAAAGAAGGUCCUGAUCAGGCACGCCAAAGAGGUGGUCUCGGACCUCAUCGACUCCUUCAUGAAGAACCUCCACAAUGUCACGGGGACCCUCAUGACGGACACGGACUUUGUCUCGGCCGUGAAAAGAAGUCUCUUCUCUCACGGAAGCCAGAAAGCCACGGAUAUCAUGGACGCCAUGCUGGGUAAGCUCUACACGGUGGUAUUCGCCAAGAAACCCCCUGACACUGGCAGCAGAGCCAAGGACAAAUCCGAGAGGUAUUCGCUGGUCUCCGUGAAAGAGAUGGGUGACCCUAAAAACCGAAACAUCAACUUUGCCUCGAUGAAAUCCGAAGGGAAAUUGAGGGAAAAAAUAUGCUCUCAUUCACCCAAACCAGAGACGGAGAAGAGCUGUGCCGAAACUCUGGGCGAGCACAUCAUCAAAGAGGGGCUGACCCUGUGGCAUAAAAGUCAGCAGAAAGAAGGAAAAUCUCCAGCUUUCCAGUGUUUACCAUUCGCAGCUCCCAACAAACAGUAUAAACCUGCGCCAGACAUUCUCCUGGGAUUUCCUUUCGAUCCGUGCAACCUCAGCCCCCCUCUGCAACACUUAGAGAAACCUGAGAAUUUUAUGUGUGAUUCAGACUCCUGGGCCAAGGACCUGAUCGUAUCUGCCUUGCUUCUGAUUCAGUACCACCUGGCCCAGGGAGGAAGCAUGGAUGCACAGAGCUUCCUUGAAGCUGCUGCCAGCACCAACUUACAGGCCAACAAGUCCCCUGCAGUUUCCGAUGAGUCCAGCCUGAAGCCACCUCAUGUGGGGGGUGACCAAGAAGAAGCAGAAAAGAAGGAUCUAAUGAGCGUUUUCUUCAACUUUAUCCGGAACUUACUCAGGGAGACCAUUUUCAAGAGUAACCGUAGCUCUGAUCCCAAGCCAACUAAGGAGGAAGAUAGCCCCCAGUGUGAAAGACCUGUAACCCCUUCUCCCAUCAAAUUCAGUGAAGGGGAUGAGGCAGGGGGUACUUUUGCUGGGCUGACCAAGAUGGUUGCUAACCAACUAGACGGCCACAUGAACGGGCAGAUGGUGGAGCAUCUGAUGGACUCGGUGAUGAAGCUGUGUCUCAUUAUUGCCAAGUCCUGUGACUCUCCCUUGGGAGAACUGGGGGAUGACAAGUCUGGGGAUGCCAGCAGGCCUGUGUCCGCCUUCCCAGAGAAUCUGUAUGAGUGUUUACCAACCAAGGGCACAGGGACAGCAGAGACGUUGCUGCAGAACGCCUAUCAAGCCAUCCACAACGAACUGAGAGGCAUGUCAGGACAGCCCCUGGAAGGGUGCACGGCACCCAAGGUGAUUGUCAGCAACCACAACCUCACCGAUACGGUUCAGAACAAGCAACUGCAAGCCGUACUUCAGUGGGUAGCCGCCUCAGAGCUCAAUGUCCCUAUUUUGUACUUUGCUGGUGACGAUGAAGGAAUCCAGGAGAAGCUACUGCAGCUCUCGGCGGCCGCCGUGGACAAGGGGCGCAGCGUGGGCGAGGUCCUGCAGUCGGUGCUGCGCUAUGAGAAGGAGCGACAGCUGGAUGAGGCGGUGGGCAACGUCACACGGCUGCAGCUGCUGGACUGGCUGAUGGUGAACCUGUGACAGGAGCCCGCCGAGCUCCCCCCGCUGCUGUGCAAGCCCGGCCCCCUGCUUCUUUCUGGCUUCCGCAGCUCCCCUCUGCGCAGCCUCCCAGAGCCCUCACAUCAUCCUCAUACCACUCACAUUCAAGACAGGUCAUCUUAUGCUGGUCAUUGGCUUUUGCAGAUUUUCCUGUCCAUGCGAGCGAGCAAGGACAUAAAAUAAAAGAAAAAAAAUUACAAUGAAAGGGCUCCAGGUAUCUGGUUUCCUUGGCCCAAAUGGUCAAUAAGUUGAAGCAGUGUCAGGAAUGAAAAAAGAAUCUGAUGGAUAGAAGAAAAAUAGUGCUGGCCUGAGAGGCCAUUUGGUCUGUUCCCCUCAGAUCUUUGUUCCCUGAAAAUUAGCCAUAUUUUAUCAGCCCCUUAUGAUACAAAUCAGAAAAUAUUGUUCAAUAUCCAAUCUAAAUCCUUCUAAUCAGGAUCUAGAUGGCUUCUUGUCCUGACUGUUCACCUCAGCUUUAUCUACGGUUGAAUAUGGUGGCAAGAAAAGGUCCAAAGGACCUGAGUUCUAUGGCCAGUUGUGUCACCUGCUCUGAUUUAAUGUCAGUAUCCCCCACCUCAGAAGCAUUUUCUGUUCUUAUCCUGACCUUUCUGUGGAAUUUUAUAUUCUCUAGCCUCCUUUUGGGAACUUUCUCCUUCUGGUUUUUAGUUUUCCUAUUUUCCACAUCUCUUAGAGGCUCUACUCAGUGGUGUCAAGCCCUUACAUUCUCUUUCCUAGGACUUUCUCCUGACCUUGUGCUGGUCUCACUCUGGCCUCUUCCCUGGGCGAUGUCAUCUAAACCCAUAGCUUCAGCUACCUUGUGCCCCCUUCAUGGGAUAUUACACAGUGAUCCAAUGAAAACCAUGAAGCCACAGAUAUAGUCCAUGUUGUUUUUGAUGUUAUGGCGUUCUUGUAAACCUGUUUGAACUAUAAUUACAACCGUACACAGACUGUGAGUUCAGGUAGGUAAGGACGAGGAGGGCAGGUACCGAUGAGUGGACACCUGUUGUAAUCAGCUCGUCUUCCUUUGGGAAACCCACCGCCCCCUAUUCCACAUGGUUCCAAGGAAGCAUCAGUCUUGGUGCCACCACCACUGCCCCACCCUGUGGGCAUAUGACCCAGGCUGGCCAAUCAGAGGGUCCCAAUAUCUCAAACAUAGUGAUGGGCUCAAGUCCAGUCAUUUCUGAGAUUUCCUUUAAGCAGGAAGACUGCACCUUCUGAUGCAGUCAUCAGAUGGUAGUGAAUGAUUCUGGAUGGUCGUGGUCAUCUUACCCUCGGGGCAGAGUCUGUCUUUGGAAUGAAGAUAACCAGAGAGAGAAGCCAGACUAAUAGGGGGAGGGGGAGCCUGAGCCCCUUGGUCUUGUUUGAAUUCCCAGAUCCUUCUGUACCGACACCUGCCCCUCCUGAUUUGCCAGUCACAUUAUCCAAUAAACGCCCUUCAGUUGUUCAGUUUGAA